AUGGCAGCUUUUUUGGCAUCAAGGCUAGCGAAGACCGUGUAUGACAAGUUUAAAAUCAAAUCCAGUGAGGUGAUAUUGUGGUCAGACUCGAUGAUUGUCCUAGCUUGGCUCCAUUCACAAUCGACCUCACUUCAACUGUUUGUAGGCGUGAGAGUAGUAGAGAUUCAAGCAACGUGGGAAUCUGACACUUGGAGAUAUGUCCCGACUGACCUAAACCCUGCAGACGACCUUAGCAGAGGUAUUCCCGUCACAACGAUUAACAAGUGUUGGAUGAACAGUCCUUCGUUCCUCAAAGGCGGUUCCGAAAUGUGGCCUUCCGAAAGCAACGAAAUACCACCCAAUGUACCCGAAAUCAAAGUUACCAAACCCAUGUUCACUUGGCGGCGACCUUCAACAAAUACCAUCGUCGACCCCUCCCGUUUCUCAAACUGGCGAAAAUUGUGCAGAGUUACUGCCUACUGCUUUAGGUUUGUUAACAACGUGAAGGCGUCGAAACGAGUACAUGGUGUGCUUCUUCCAGAAGAAAUCGAGUCAGCAGAGCGCUACUGGAUCUUAUCGGCUCAAGAGCAGUUAGGAGACUGGAAGGAACGUUACAAAGAAUUAGCACCAUUCGAGAAAGAAGUGAUCAGAGUUGGAGGCAGACUAAAGCAUUCCCCGUUAUCCUACGACAAUAACCACCCUGUGUUAUUGCCAACCGAACACCACAUCUCAAAGUUAGUCAUCAAGGAUGCACACAACCUUGUGCGCCAUGCAGGUUGCGAGAGAACACUUUGCGAAACCCGAAGAAAGUUUUGGAUCCCUAGUGGAAGAAAUUUAGUUCAAAAGAUCGUGAGAGAGUGUGUCACCUGCCGCAAACUCCAUCAGUACCCAUACAAGACGUUGAUGGCAGAUCUACCACCUGAAAGGCUGAAAGUCUUUUCACCCCCUUCUCAGUGA